UCGAAGAGCCCGAAGGGUUGUCUCUCCGCUGACUGUCGUCUAUCGUGGUGUCCGUUGUAAAAGUGACGCGAAACGUGCCCUAGGGAUCAAGGAAAUUGUUGCCGGAAUUGCGUUAAAAGAACUCGUUGUAAUUGAGCGGAGAGAGAGAUAUUAUCGCGGUAGAUGGUCGUAAGUGUACCUUUCCGACCCUCUGUCUGGAAUCCUAUCGAUCGAACGAAAAGCGACAGACUCGUUUACUCCUACUACUUAAAAACGUAGCGUGUUAGAACGAAUGCAUGGGACUAAAUUAAAUAAUUCAUGAGCGAGGCCUUAGGAGUAGUCGUAUCCGCCCAAACUACUUUACUUAAUAACAUUAACGUACUCGAAUAUCAUACCAUAUUGGAUUGCGUAGAGAUAUAUAGUGAGUUUAGUUUACUAGUUUGUUGUUAGAGACUAUAUUGAGACUCAUUAUAUUCUUGAAAGUCGUCGAGCCAAGUAGCUCCCCGAGAGUGUAUGCCCUCUCGAUUUGGUUGCGAGUAGAUACAUAGGAGGACUGCCGAUCCUGCUUGACGGUUGUUCAUGUGUCAGGUUACGAUUCCAAUUGGAGGCGAAGGCUCAUCGAUGAACUCUUUGUCAGGUCUUGGCAUUACGGUGACUCCUAGUUCCGAUGGGCACUUAACCAAAACUGUCACUUAUCUUUCUAACUCCGGUUGCCGAUUUAAUACACCUGCAACCUCUGAACGUCAGGUGCUAACGGCACGUCCUAACUCUCGUCCUGUCCCUACAAGAUCUAUCGUCACGUAGUGACAUUCAAGAUUCAUCGGAUUCUACCUCUUCUUUCCAGAGGCUUCGAAUAGUCUCUUAACCUCACUUUUUUAAAGGACGCCGACUUCCUGAAACGUGAAUAAAUACCAAGUAGUGCGAGCCUACACCGAUCAACAUAGAUUAACCGAAAAGUGUGAUCGAAUUACAAAUUAUAGGGGGCCAGUCUAGAGUCACCCGAGCCUAAGGAAAUCAAAGAUAGACUCGUUAAGUUAAUUUUAGCUGUAAUUCUCGGGCAGGCGGGACUUAUCUGUGAUUUAGUUAAGUGGCUUCUUGUCUUCUCUUGGUUCCGUUGAGAUACUCCGGUAGACCGAUUUGUAGGUUAAGCGCCCAAGGCGUGUACCGUAGUUCUCUUGGAAAUUCUUGUACGUACUUGGGUGGAAAACUUACCGAACUCCUGAGAAAGUGGAUCACUGUCCUGAAUCAAGUGUCGAUCUUACACCUCUAGUGCGCCAACAAGAGCCUGUAUAUAUGGAACGUUGUGCCGAGAGAGACAGGAGUGGAUGGUACCUGACCGACUAUCACCUUUCUUCUUUCUUCCAUUCCUUUGCUUCUAAACCAUCCAGACACUGGCACUGGUACCGUUUUGGUCCAACUGGCUUUCUCUUUUAAUUCCUCCAAAUAACAAAACAGCCUGUCCGAACUAUUAUUUACAUUUACGCCAUUUGUCCACCGAAUCUAAUGUUUCUUCGAAUUAACGUUACCUACAAAUCUCUUCUAAACAUGUCCAGAAUUCAACUUAUCUACAUAAUUACAAACAUAACGGGUAAAAUAAAUUAAAACAACACAAUGUGCUCAAAUUAUCCAUAAUGAAAGUUUUUAAUUGAUCGUAAUCAUGUAUUCUUGCAUUUAUUGGUGUAAAGUAGUUCAUUGCCUCCCAUUGGUUGAUUUAGGAAUACCAUUAAAAGUAUUGUACCCGGGGCAGAUAUAUACAUGUCGUAGCAGAGUUGUUUGCAUAUAAGAGAUUAUAUCAUAGAAUUGGAUGUUUAUAGGAUUUUUGAUAGUUUAUCGACGUAUCGCUGACCGGUUACUAGGGGCAAUAAGAUUAUUCUACACUAUACGAAGCACUGCCAUAAGUUGAAGUAUAUUACUUUAUGAAAUCUGCCAGUUAACGGGUGACAUUCAUCGAUCCGCCGAUGAAUGCAAUUCACGUGCCAAGGUUUACAGAACCCUUUUUAACUUAUAUAAUUAUUGUUUGUAAACAGAGGAACUACUUUGAUGGGUUUUUCUUUCAUUCAGAAACAUGGCAUUCUGAUAGUUUUCAAUGUCAAAGUAAAGACGAGAGAGCCAAAAAUGCCUCGUCGACGUAACGAUUGAAACUGCCGCGUGACAUUCUAAAAGCGAAUUAACGAGUUUUUGGUAGUACGAGCAUCCUUUAAGAUGGAUCGCUGUAUAAAGAAACAACGUAACAUCGGGAGAAAGCGCAGAGCGAACUUGGCGCAGAUCCUGCAUACCAUGGUGACUUGUUGGCGUACAGUAUUAGGUUAGGUUCCUUGUGACCUACCUCGACUCUCUUGUUACGCCUACUACUACACUGUUAUUGUUGAUGAAAACUCCAUAUUAUUAUGAAAUAAAUAUAUUGUCUCAACUGGCAUGUUCUUACAAAACUUGCACACCACAAUAUACAAUUAUUUGAACCUAAAAUAAGACGCCAUAUGCAAUUAUUGAUGAAAGUAAAAAUAUAUGGUAAAGACUAGUUUUAAUUACAUCUUUGGCAUUAUCAUUCAUCGAUUCCUGAUAUGUACUCAUUUUUGUUUAUAACAUAUUUGUAUACAAGUUUACACAAUAAUACAUUUAAUUCCUUCGCAGAGAUCAUUUAAUUUUAAUAGAGCUUUAAAUACCGUUCAUUUGAUUUAGCAUAAAAAAUUUAAAUUCUCAUGUUGUUGUAUUUGCUCAUGCAAAAAUCCUGUUUAAUGAUCACAAUUAUUGUUUAUUUCCAGAAUACCAGUACACGUAACUACUAUAUAGUACUUACAUCUUUUAAAAAAUUGUAUAUGAAAUAUGUAAACAGUAAUUACAUGAUCCAGCAAUUAUACCAUUUUUAUUUCUGCUAUUACUUGUGCAUCAUAAAUUAAUAUAUUAUAAUUCUCAAGGAAUAGUGAAAAAUGUCCUCAUCGAGCGAGCAACAAUAUUUGACUGAACAUUUUCUAAGGUUAACGAAAUUAGCCACCUGGAAUUUUGCACUUAUCAAAGUAAGAAAUCAUUUAAUAAAAGUGAAUAGAUUUAAAUGAAACUUGAAAAAGAAAUAACGUAUUAUUUAUAUUAACCAUUUGGGAAGAAGAGUAGUCAGUAUGACUUAUUGCAUGGAAUAUAUUUCAGUUUAAAGUUUUACACUAGUCCUGUACUAAAUGAUCGUUCCUUUAGUUAGUAAAGUUUGCAGAAUUUAGAUAUCUGACAAAUUUAAGGCAACUACUAGUAGUAAUCAUAAAAGAUAACGAAAAACUAUAUUUAUUAGCAAACGUUCAUAACAAAUAAUUCAGAGUGAACGAAAGAAGUACCAUAACCUUUCUUUUCGUUUCUUCCCGUUUAAUCAACGUAGCGGGACGACAGGAAAACCUCAUAAAUUCCUUCUUUUCUGAGAAAUAUAACAUACGACAGAUUAACAAGUGCGUUUUUACCCACGUCGAACAGAGAGAUCUUCUCAAAUCCCCGAAACAUCUAUUCGAACCAACUUGCCGUAACGUAACCUUCGACGCUUCUUCACUAUUUACAAUGACGUCAGCAACAAGUCACGUUGAGUCCUGUUCACUGUAAACGCGCAACAGCGCACAAAGCAGUCUUUGCCAUCAGUGUAUGCGGAAGAGAAAGUGCAGCCUCAGGAUGACUUUUCAAAAACUUUUUGCAAAGCUCACGUAGUCUCGAGUGGCCUCGACCGUGAUAGGAACUCGUGGUCGCUCGUGCUCGUCAAUCGCUACAAGCUACCGAACUCACGGAAGUGCGCCGACUAAUCGAACGACUCGAACCGUUCUCCGAAAUCUCGAAACUCGCGCGAUUGGAUCGAACAGAUCGGACCGACGAGGCGCGGUUACGCGAUGCGAUUCGCCACUGCCAUUGCAGAAUUUCAACGAGUGUUUCGGCCUAAUCGCAUCGUGUAACGUGGCACGACGUGGCGAGUCGAGUCACGGAGGCCGGCUGACAAAUCGCGCGGCGAAGAAAGCAGAGGGGAAGAACGACGUGUCUUGGAAGGAGCGACGUCUUCUCGGUCGGCUGCUCUGAGCCGACUGUCACCGACUACCACCGACUGCCAUGGAAUCUCUCGCCAAUAUGUAGAAGAGUCCACGAGAAGCGUGCGAUGACAUAUGCGAAUGUAUACGCGUCCUCGGUGACCUGGAGUGCUUGCGAGGACCUGGACGUACACCCGAAUUUAUACCUGGAUGUGAACUCCAAUUCGCGUCCGUCGUGACGGAUCCGACGCUCAGCUUCCUCUGGACCCGAGUGCUCUGAGACCGUUGACACUCUUCGACGUUAAUGGGGAAGGCUCGAGGCUUGGCAUAUUUUGCUACUAUUACUGCCUACAGAAGCUCCGAACUUCCUUUUCUUAUUUUCUUUUGUGGAACAACUUGACGUUUGUAAUUAACCUAUAAUGGCUCUGUGGCUUUAAUGCAAAAACACUACGGAUUGUUCACAUCAGACAAAUUAAUGUUCUGUAUAUUUAAACAGUUUGUAUUUUUGACCACGAAGAGAUCGGAAAAAUGAUUACCAGAUUAUGGUUAUUAUAUCGUAGGCGUUUACCUCUAUGAAAACGCUUAUGUUUAAAAAACGUUCAUGGUGGAAUCGUACACCUGCUUCUUCCAUUGAAUUGAAUAAAUCACUUUCAUGGAUGGAGAAGAAGAUUACCUGCAAAGGAAAGGAGGCAGUAGUUCUCAAUCUAUGCAUAAUGCGGAUGGAUCUCCUGUCAUACCAGGAGAAGAAAAAGACUGGGACGGAGCGUUCAACUCAGAAAAGCAUGGAGAUCUUGGUGACAUGACAUUCUGUAUGGCUAAUUACGUGAAGGAAGCUAUGAAAAUGAUGUUUAUGAUGCGAAGUCAUCAUAUGCUCACCGAUGUUAUAUUAGAAGUUGGUUCGGAGCUGUUUCAUGCUCAUAAAGUGAUCCUGGCUGCUGCUAGUCCGUACUUUAAGGCAAUGUUUACGGGUGGAUUGAAGGAGUGUGAGAUGACUAGAGUAAAACUUCAGGGAGUGUGUCCAACGGCAAUGGCUCGGUUAAUGUAUUUUAUGUACACGGGCCAGAUACGAGUUACCGAGGUUACUGUUUGUUCCUUGUUACCAGCUGCUACUAUGUUUCAGGUUAGUAACGUCAUAGAUGCAUGUUGUGUUUUCCUCGAAAGGCAACUAGACCCAACGAAUGCAAUUGGAAUAGCAAACUUUGCCGAACAGCAUGGCUGUCAUAAUUUGUACCACAAAGCGAAUCAAUUUAUUGUUCAACACUUCAGUCAGAUCUGCCAAGAAGAGGAAUUCCUGCAGUUAUCUGCGAUACAGUUAGUUUCUCUUGUUAGGAAGGAUGAAUUAAAUGUUCAAGAAGAGAGGGAAGUGUACAAUGCAGUGUUGAAGUGGGUGAAAUAUAACGAAGAAGCCAGAGGACCAAAGAUGGAACACAUAUUGCACGCCGUUCGCUGUCAAUACCUGACUCCGAAUUUUCUGCGGGAGCAGAUGAAGAAUUGUGACGUUUUAAAAAAGAUGCCAGCGUGUCGAGAGUAUUUGGCACAAAUAUUCAAGGAUUUGACUCUUCACAAGAAACCCAUAGUAAAGGAAAGGACGCCAAAUACCCCAAGGAUUAUUUAUAUAGCUGGAGGAUUUUUAAAACACUCAUUGGAUACUCUCGAAGGAUAUAACGCCGACGAUAAAACUUGGACCCAGCAUGCAAAAUUACUUGUUCCUCGAUCAGGGUUAGGAGGAGCAUUCCUGAAAGGCAUGUUUUAUGCUGUCGGCGGAAGAAACAAUUCGCCUGGCACUAGGUACGACAGCGACUGGGUCGACAGAUACAAUCCAGUGACGGAUCAGUGGCGUCCCUGUAGUCCCAUGUCAGUGCCAAGAAACCGAGUUGGUGUAGCAGUAAUGGAUGGACUUUUGUACGCCGUUGGUGGAAGUGCCGGAAAAGAGUAUCACAACAGUGUCGAGUACUAUGAUCCCGACCAAGACACGUGGACAAGCGUAAAGCCCAUGCACGUUAAAAGACUCGGAGUUGGCGUCGCAGUAGUCAAUAGGUUACUGUACGCGGUGGGUGGAUUCGAUGGUGUAAAUAGAUUAAAUUCCGUGGAGUGUUAUCAUCCGGAAAACGACGAGUGGACGAUGGUAUCUCCUAUGAAGUGCUGUCGCUCAGGGGCAGGUGUAGCGAGUCUCGGUCAAUAUAUUUAUGUAGUUGGUGGAUAUGACGGAUCAAGUCAAUUAAAUUCCGUAGAGCGGUACGACACCGAACGGGAUAUCUGGGAGAUCGUCAGUAGCGUCACUAUAGCUCGAAGUGCUCUCAGCGUGACGGUCCUUGAUGGCAAAUUGUAUGCCAUGGGGGGUUACGACGGCCAGAUAUUUGUAAAUAUCGUGGAGAUUUACGAUCCUGCUCAGGAUCGGUGGGAGGAAGGAGUGCCCAUGACGUCGAGCAGAUCUGGGCACGCUAGUGCAGUGUCCUAUCACCAAUGUCCAAUGCAUUGCGAUCAUUUAGAUCAUAAUAUAGCUUUAGAGAAGAAUCCUACGUGA